CUGGCAGUCUCUCUGCCACAGAGGAAAGCCCGUUCAUUGCUCUAGUGACCUCGAGCAUUGCGCCCUCCCGCCUGCGUCUGACGUUGAAAGACUCGUGCACGUACGGCGGUGGAGUGGAGGGAGGCCAUUCUCGUGAACGCGCAUCCCGAUCCUUACGUCACUGAAGCGCCCUGGCUCGGAGAUCUACUGGUAGUGCUGGCAAUAGAGGAUAAAAUCAACUGCUCCGAAAAGAGGCAUUUUCUAUCGGUUGUAACGGUUCCUCAACGGAUAACGGUUCUAUCUGACGCCGGAUACGGACAAUUGACAGAACUGGACUAACCGGAUUUAUGAGAAGAAGAUCAUUGCCUCAUCCCAGGACCCAUGGACUAACUGGAUGUUAAAACCACCUUACUAGCCAAGUUUACCAAUCAUCAUAGUCCAAUCAUCCAGGAAAUACAGGACAUCUUUGAACAUGAGCAAUCUGUUCCUCUCCUUCAGAUAAGACUGAUUGCCAGUCAGUAACCACAUAGUGUAACACUCUCUCUGUAUCAGGACACUACAGUCCAUAUCUAUUGGAGGAUCACUGAGUCCACUGAGUCUCAGUAUCUCACCUUUAACCCCUAACCCCCAGCCCUUGACCCUUAACCCCUGACCCCUGACCAUGUACGGCAGCGCCCGCUCCGUUGCCAAGAUGGAGGGCAACAACGGCAGCAGCCAGAGUCCCGGUCGUUCCCCGUGCCUGCCCCGCUCCCCGCACCUCGGCCACCGUCGCACCAACAGUACAGGAGGUCCCGGGGGAAAGACCCUCUCCAUGGAGAACAUCCAGUCUCUGAAUGCGGCCUACGCCACCUCCGGACCCAUGUACCUCAGUGACAACGAGGUCAUCUCUCAACAGACCCAGGCCUAUCCCAACCCCAACCACGACCCCGGCCUGCCCAAGAGCACCAUGACCCUGGGUCGCUCCGGAGCAAAGCUCCCUUACGGCGUCCGGACCACCGCCAUGGGCUCCAGCCCCAACAUCAGCCAGGGAGGUGGAGGCUCGUCCGUGCCCAGCGACAGCAUCGCGUUUGGGUGUGACCACGUGUCGUCGUCCCAGUCCAGCCUCCAGCAGGCGUCCACGGUGCCCCACUCCUUACGCCAAACCAGAGACAGCACCAUCAUGGACCUCCAGACCCAGCUGAAGGAGGUGCUGAGGGAGAACGAGCUCCUCCGGAGGGACGUGGAUGUGAAGGAGAGCAAGCUGAGCUCUUCCAUGAACUCCAUCAAGACCUUCUGGAGCCCCGAGCUGAAGAAAGAGAGAGCCCUGAGGAAGGAUGAGGUGUCCAAGAUCUCCGUCUGGAAGGAGCAGUACAGAGUGGUGCAGGAUGAGACUCAGCACCUCCAGAUGACGGUGCAGGCCCUGCAGGAUGAGUUGAGGAUCCAGAGAGAUCUGAACCAGUUGUUCCAGCAGGACUGUAGUGGAGGGAGACCUGGAGAACCUCUGUCAUAUGAACCCACUGAGGAGAACUUCCACAUGCUCCACGCUGAACACCAACGACAGGCCAAAGAGUUGUUCCUCCUGAGGAAGACCCUGGAGGAGAUGGAGUUGAGGAUAGACAGUCAGAAACAGACCCUGGGGGCCAGAGACCAGUCUAUCAAGAAACUACUGGAGAUGCUGCAGAGCAAAGGUCUGUCAGCCAAGGCCUCAGAGGAGGACCAUGAGAGGACCAGGAGACUGGCUGAGGCUGAGAUGCACAUCCACCACCUAGACAGUCUACUGGAACAGAAAGACAAGGAGACCAACGCCCUACGAGAGGAGCUGCACCGACGGAGCUAUGAAGGAGCCCCUGAAUCAGCCAAGACCAAGGCCCUGCAGACCGUCAUCGAGAUGAAGGACUCUAAGGUCCAGUCUCUGGAGCGUGGUCUGAGGGACCUGGAGGAGGAGAUUCAGAUGUUGAAGUCUAACGGGGCUCUGAGUACUGAGGAGAGAGAGGAGGAGGUGAAACAGAUGGAGGUCUACAGAUCACACACCAAGUUCAUGAAGAACAAGAUUGACCAGGUAAAGCAGGACCUCAGCAGGAAGGAGACAGAGCUGAUGGGGUUAAGGACCAAGCUGGAGACUCUAACCAACCAGUUCUCAGACAGCAAACAGCACAUCGAGGUCCUCAAGGAGUCACUGACCGCCAAGGAACAGCGCUCUGCUAUUCUACAGACAGAGGUGGAUGCUCUGCGUCUGCGUCUGGAAGAGAAAGAUUCCCAGCUGAAUAAGAAGUCUAACCAGAUCCAGGAGACGUCUGAGGAGAAGGGGACGCUCAGCAGAGAGGUACACGACCUCAAGGACAUGCUGGAGGUCAAGGAGCGCAAGGUCAACGUCCUGCAGAAGAAGAUUGAGAACCUGCAGGAGCAGCUGAGAGACAAGGAGAAACAGAUGACUAGUUUGAAGGACAGAGUCAAGUCUCUCCAGACAGACACCUCCAACACGGACACAGCUCUCACCACCCUGGAGGAAGCACUGGCUGAGAAGGAGCAUAUCAUUGAGCGUCUGAAGGAGCAGAGAGACAGAGACGACAGAGAGAAGACAGAAGAGAUCGAGUCCAACAAGAAAGAACUGAAGGAGCUCAGAGAGAAACUCAGUCUAUUGCAGGGAGACCUGUCUGACCGAGAGACCAACCUGCUAGACCUAAAGGAGCAUGCGUCGUCCCUGGCCUCCUCUGGUCUGAAGAAGGAUUCUAAACUGAAGAGUCUGGAGAUCUCUCUGGAGCAGAGGAAAGAGGAGUGCAUCAAGAUGGAGAACCAGCUCAAGAAGGCCCAGAAUUCCAUGCUGGAGGCCCAGGCCAACACGGAGCUGUCAGAACGCAUCGUCACUCUGGAACAGGAAGUGACUCGGCACAGAGAGGAUUCUGGAAAGGCCCAGGUGGAGGUGGACCGGCUGCUGGAGAUCCUCAGAGAGAUGGAGAACGAGAAGAAUGACAAGGACAAGAAGAUCAAUGAACUGGAGAAGCAGAUGAAGGACCAGACUAAGAAGGUGGCCAACCUGAAACAUAAGGAGCAGGUGGAGAAGAGUAAGAAUGCCCAGCUGAUGGAGGAGGUUAGGAAGAGAGAGGACAACCUCAAUGAGAGCUCUCAGCAGGUCAAGGACUCCCUUCGCCAGAAGGAGGACCGCAUAGAGGAGCUGGAGGAGGCUCUGAGAGAGAGUGUCCAGAUCACAGCAGAGAGAGAGAUGGUGCUGGCUCAGGAGGAAGCUGCCCGCACACACACUGAGAAACAGAUGGAGGAGCUGCUUGCGGCCAUGGAGAAGGUCAAACUGGAGCUGGAGUCCAUGCAGGCCAAGCUGUCCUCUACCCAGCAGUCAUUGGCUGAGAAGGAGGCCCACCUGACCACACUGAGGGCAGAACGUAGGAAACACCUGGAGGAGGUGCUGGAGAUGAAACAGGAGGCGCUGUUAGCAGCCAUCAGUGAGAAGGAUGCCAACAUCGCCCUGCUGGAGCUGUCCUCGUCCAAGAAGAAGAAAACGCAGGACGAGGUGGCCAUGCUGAAGAGAGAGAAGGACAGCCUGGUACAGCAGCUCAAACAACAGACCCAGAACCGUAUGAAGCUGAUGGCUGACAACUAUGAGGAUGAACAUCUGAAGGCCUCCUCACAUUCUGACCCGACCAACCACAAACCCUCCCCAGACCAGAUAAUUCCCCCUCUCCUGGACCUGAACCAGAACCGCAGUAAGCUGAAGAUGUAUAUCGGCCACCUGAGAGACCUGUGUCAGGAGAGAGACCCCCAGAUCCUGCAGGCCCUGACCCCUCCCUCCUCCUACCACCGCUCUCAACACACCGCCUGGGAGACAGAGCUACACAAUAUGACCCCAGAGCAGUUGGAGUCGGAGCUGGAGGUCUGUGAGAGGGAGAGUGCAGAGCUCCAGGAGUAUGCCAACUGUGUCCUGCAGCAGAUCGCUGACCACUGCCCUGACAUCCUGGAACAGGUGGUCAAUACCCUGGAAGAGUCCUGCUGACCUCACACCCCCUGCCAGCCACACACUCAACACCACACCUUUCAAUACCCCCUGCCAGCCACACACUCAACACCACACCUUUCAAUACCCCCCACCAGCCACACACUCAACACCACACCUUCCAAUACCCCCCUCCAGCCACACCACACCUUUCAAUACCCCCUGCCAGCCACACACUCAACACCACACCUUUCAAUACCCCUCCAGCCACACACUCAACACCACACCUUUCAAUACCCC